AUGGCAUUGUCUAACUUGCAUCGUCUACUCUCAACGCCGCCGACCGCCAUCUCUCGUCCGGCUAUCAUCUUCUCCGCCUUCCGAUCGGAAUUCACCAACUCCACAAAUCGAUUCAUCUCCAGUGUGACUGAAAACCUUCAAACUCACCAAGAUCAGGACGGAGCCACUAACGAAGAAGAUAAGACCCAAAAAGCUCAAGGUCACGGAGAGGAAAACGAUGAAGAUGAUGGCGAAGAGCUUGAUAUCAAUAAAGAGACCGGCGAAUAUGGUGGUCCCCGAGGUCCAGAGCCUACUCGUUACGGUGAUUGGGAACGUAAUGGUCGUUGCUCUGAUUUCUAA